AUGGAUAACCAAGAAAAACCAAUGAAAUUACAAUUGAAAGACGUAGCAGCCUUCGUCACAGAGUUCGAUGGCAAAAACAUAUCACCUAUGGAAUACAUCUCCAUGUUAAAAGAAUUAAAGGAUAUUAUAGACGACAUCGAUGAGAGAAAUCUUACAAAACUAUUAAAAAUAAAAAUUAAAGGUGAAGUAAAAGAAGCCAUAAGAGGAAGCAAAGUGGAAAAUAUAACAGACCUAAUCAAUGCAAUCAGAACUCUAUACCCCAUCAAAGAAGACAUACACGCAUUAUAUGCAAAAGUUCGUCAGAUAUCACAAGAAGAAGAUGAAUCAGUUGUACACUAUACUAACAGAAUACGACAAUUAGUAUUGAGAAUAAAAGAACUAAAUAAAUGGGAAGACACUACAGCAAUAGAACGAACACAAUUCGAAGCUACACUAGACAAAGAAGCAGCUAAAAGCUAUAGAAAAGGAUUAAAAGCAGAAAUUAGAUAUGAAAUAGGCCCAGGAACCACAGUACAAGAAAUGUCGACAAGGGUAAUAGACAUCGAAAGCGACAUAGAAAAAAGGAAAUACACAACAAAACCAAAUAGAAACUAUACAUAUUCCAACAAUAAAGAAGAAUUUCAGGAAACAAAAAUUCUCACAUGUCAAAUAUGCAGAGAAUUUUCACAUGAAGCUCUAUUUUGUCGCACGGCAGCCUGCGUAUAUGGUAAAGGAACAGAUCAUUUCUUGAAUAGUUGCAAGAGAGUGCCAAAGAAAAUUAAUCUAAUAUGCAAAUUCUGUAGCCAACCAAGCCAUUCAAUAAGUGCCUGUCGUUUAAAUAAAAGACAAAAUAUACACUGCCAACAUUGUCAAAAAAUGGGACAUGAAGUAGAUCAAUGCCCACACAUCAGUAACUACGAAGCAUGCUGGAAAUGCAACGAAACAGGACACAACCCAAUAAAUUGUAAGAAUGACCAAACUUCAAAACAAAACAAAUGUGAAAAUUGGGAGAAGAUUGGACAUACAAUGCAACAAUGCCCGGAAGUAAUAUGCAGAAAGUGCAAUAAUAUGGGCCACCUCGUAAAAGAUUGUAAAGCAGGAGAAAUAAAAAAGUCCCUAUACAAAAUAUGUGCUAUCUGUGAAGAAGUAGGCCACGAACAAGACACCUGUGACCAAGUAAAAAUCAUGUUCACAGAAUUCAAAGCUAAACAGUAA